AUGAAACUCGUGGAAAGCCACGACAUAUACGACGUUCUGCGAUUCGUUCCAUUGCGGCUGGUCGAUAUACUACCAAUUCUUAUUGAAUUGUCGGAUGAAAUACAAACAAAUCUACUCACCUCUCAAUAUUUUAUGAAUAUGGAUUUUAUGGUAGAGCUUCCAGAAGCGGUCUCUCAAUUGUGGGAACGGCUCAAGGCACCUGAAUUGGAAGGAACGAUUUCGACCACGCCGUGUUUCCGAGGUUUUCCUUACCAUUCAAUAUUGAUCAGUCUUCAUGAA